GCCAGCUGAAGCUGUCCAUCGAGGUGCAGGGCCGGAUCCUGGUGCUGCACAUCAUGGAAGCAAAAGGUCUGAUGGGAAAGGAGUACCGGACAUGCGACUCCUACGUGAAGAUGUCGAUUGUGCCGGAUGCUGACUGGAAGUGCAGGCAAAAGACGAAGACUGUGCCUGACAGCAAAAAUCCCGUCUUCCACGAGCACUUUCUUUUCCUAGUGCAAGAGGAGCAUGAGCAGAAACGUCUCCUGGUCACAGUCUGGAACCGAGAGAGAAAUUCCAGACAGAGUGAACUGAUCGGCUGCAUGAGCUUUGGUGUGAAGUCCCUCCUAACCCUGGACAAGGAGAUCAGUGGCUGGUACUACCUCCUUGGGGAGGACCUGGGCAGGACCAAGCACUUGAAGGUGGCCACGCGGCGGCUGAAGCAGAGCAGAGGUGCGUCUCCCCACUGGGGUGUCCCCGGGAGUGGUGACUCCGGUGUGUCUCUUCAGAUUACGAUCCCUCGAGGAAGUGAUGGAUUUGGCUUCACGAUCUGCUGCGACUCCCCAGUCCGUGUGCAGGCAGUGGACUCAGGUGGCCCAGCAGAAAAGGCUGGUCUGCAGCAGCUGGACACGGUGCUGCAGCUGAACGAGCAGCCCGUGGAGCACUGGAAAUGUGUGGAGCUGGCACAUGAAAUCCGGAACUGUCCCACUGAGAUCAUACUACUGGUCUGGAGGCUCGUUCCACAGGUCAAGUCCGGACAUGAAGGCAUGAUCCGCAGAUCAUCCUGCAAGUCUGCCUACGACCUCCAGUCGCCACCCAACAAGCGGGAAAAGAACAGCACCAUGCCUCCACGGCCUGAGCAGCGCCGGAGCUGCCACAUACUGUAUGAUGGGAGCGAUGGGCUGGUGCUGAACGGCUGGGAGAGGUACACGGAGAUUGGCAAGCGGAGCCAGAACACCAUGCCACCCCUGUCCCGGGUCCCCUCCGCUGCAGACCAGAACUACAUCAUCUUAGCGCCUUUGAACCCGGGGAGCCAGCUGCUGAGGCCUGUGUAUCAAGAGAACAACACUACUGUGGGUAAGGAGCCUGGAAAUGCAUGUAAAGGGAAAUCGCACGUGGGGUCUGGGAGAAAAUCCAGGCUGAUGAAGACUGUGCAGACGAUGAAGAACUACGGGAACUACCAGAACUGUACUAUAGUGAGGCCACACAUCCCGCACUCCAGCUACGGCACGUAUGUGACGCUGGCUCCCAAAGUGCUGGUGUUCCCCGUGUUUGUGCAGCCCCUAGAUCUUUGCAACCCAGCUCGGACUCUGCUUCUGUCAGAGGAGCUGCUUCUUCACGAGAGCAGAAGCAGGACUAUACAGGUGACCCUCUUUGUCUACUCUGACCUGCUGCUCUUCACCAAGGAGGACGAGCCUGGGCGCUGCAACGUGCUGAGGAACCCUCUCUACCUGCAGAGUGUCAAGCUCCAGGAGGGUGAGUGUUCAGAAGAUCGGAAAUUCUGCAUCCUUUACCUUGCAGAGAAGUCGGAGUGCUUAUUAAGUUUGGAGGCUUACUCCCAGGAGCAGAAGAAGAGGAUCUGCUGGUGUCUGGCUGAGAACAUCACCAAGCAGCAACAUCCGGCAUCAGCUCCUACGGAGAACAAG